UUUAGCAAAAAAAUGCGUAAAGAUGACCAGAACUCAUCUACUUCUGAAUAUAGUUGGCGUGAUAUAGUUAUCACAUUUCACAAGGAUAAUAGUUCUGAUGAUAAUAUUAAUGAUAUACCAGCUGGUAAUGGUGAUGGUAAUAGUGAGUAUAUUAAUUACGAAUUUCUUAAUGAAAAAGAGUGGGGUAAUGAUGAUGGCAGUAGAUGGGAUGAUCCAGAGGAUAUAGAAGCUAAAAUUAAGCUUAAUCAAAGAUUAAAAGAAUUCAGUUUA